CCUUUAAGGAUGCAUCACCUAGCGCCGCUGUCACCGGCGCCGUCACAGGCACCCAGCGCCUCACCUGGCGCCUGCCCCGGCGCCCCCCUCUCUCUCCCUCUCCCGCACCUGCCAGCAAGCUCCCGGGGGCCGCAGGUGCGGACGACCGCGGAAUUCCACGCCCCGAGGACGCCCACCAGCUCGAGGGAGAGGAGGGGGAGGCGCGGCCUGGUUGGGGCUCCUACGCAGAGAUCCCAGAUUGUGCCUGUGUAGGCAAGCAUGGAGGUGAUUCACGGCACCCCCUACUGUUGCAGGGAGCUUGAAGGAUCUGACAUCCUGUCAGACACCUUGUACUCAGAUGAAGUGCACACUCCCCUAGAAAAAAAUGUUCGUCCAACCGCUUCGGAGGACAGGUACAAGGAAUUAAGGAACACACUCCAACAAUGCCGGCUUCCAUGGGGCAACGAAAGGGAGUAUGGCGGCUUAAUGCCUGUUACACUUCCUGAUGAACACCGACAAAAAUGUGGAUCGCCUCCUGUCCUGGCCAAAGGACAUCAGCAUUAUGGAUUUGGUGGAGAAUCAUGGACCAGAUUGCCUAAACCACCUACUUCAACAGUAGAAGAAAUCUGCUUGCCAUAUCCAAUUGAGCACCCCUACCAUACACACAUAUGUCGCAGAGCCAUGUUCCCAACCUUCACGUCGCCAAAGGACCUGUACACUGGCAUUAAAGCUCAAGCCCAUCAGCCUUUUCCUCCCACAAUGCCAACCAAGGCCUAUGAUUCAACAGUUUUGAAGACAAGAGGUAAUCCUUACAGAUAUGAACUGAUUGACUAUCCCAUGGAUUCAAAGAAGAAAGCAUUAACUUGGCCAGGUCAAGGUGUUUAUUAUGAUUUUCCUAAAUGUGUCGACAAAAAUAAACCAGUGUUCUAUCCCAAACCUCCUAAAACCUAUGCUCCUAACCCUUUAAACUCAUGGGAUUCUCUGAGCUCCAUGAGAGAAGCCAACAUACAAAGAAAUCUUGAGAGGUCUCACUGGAUCACUUCAUAUAAUCAUGAUUUCACAGGUCUUGGGCCCAUGAACCCCCUUGAACUGGAUGAUUACCAUGAAAAGGAGGUAGCAGAGCUAACUGGAGAGAUAGGAUUUGACCCACCACCUCAAGAAAAAUUCCACCCUGUCUUAAGACCCCCGAGACCUUUGGACGGGCGAAUUUCACGACUUCUUCAAGACCGACGUCCUUUGGAGGCUAUUGUCCAGGAAGGACCAAGUUCUUGCCCAGAUUGUACACCUAGAGUUUUGUGUAAUUUUCAUACCUUCAUCCCCAGUUCUGCAGAAAUGAUGGCCCUGAGCGAUAACACAAUGCCUGGCCUGGUUCACAAAACCAAAGAUAUUGAUGAGAAGAUUAAGGAAGAACGAAGUUUGCUGUCUCCCUGUACGCUUCCGACUUGCGACUUAACCAAAGACCUGACUAACAUUUAUGACUUAAAAUCACUUCCAAAAAUCACAGAUACUAAAAAGACAGAUGCUUUGUACUGGAGACAGCUGCCAUUAAAAUCUCCACCCCUACCUUACUAUAAACCAAAUUACCUUCAGUAUGAUCAUCUUAAAUCUUCCCUACGUGAUCCACUUACUACGUGUCAAACUCCUCUCACCCUUAACUAUAGAAUGUUACAAAAUAAGUCAAAUAUGGGUACUUUUGCUUUAGAAAAUUUUUUAAAUAAGCCAGAUGAACAAGCGGACAAAGACAACGAUGACACGAAGUCUCUUCUGGGUUGGAUUCCUAAGGUUGAAUCGGUCAAGUCUCACACCAACUUACUGGAUCUGAAGAACUCUUUUUCGAAAAGUAAUGCACAGAAGCAGUUCCAUAAUUCACUGCUGGGAGCUCACAAAGACCUCAGGGAUAAACUGAAUCCAGGAAUGAAACAUCAAUUCUUUGGCCAUAAUUCUUAUUAUUUCUAUAACUGAAACAUUCCUUCUUCCUUUCAAAACCCAACUUCUUGCAAGAAAAAAAAAUAGCAGUGUCCUUUUUUGCUGGGUUCUAUUUCUAGCUUAAGCCAUAGCAACCUUGUUAAUAGGUUUAUGUUUUCAGUAGUUUAAGUUAGGAUCUAGCCAGGAACCCAGACAAACGUGAUAUUCUGUCUUCUUAAAAAGUUUAACAAUUUAUGAAUAAAAAAUUAGAGCCAGAAAAAAAAUGAGUAGUCCGUAAUCUCAUUUAAAAUCUACUCUAAAGAAGUUUUGUUUGGUUAUAUCGAAAA